AGUCCGCAGAGUAGUAUUUGUUACGUUUCGGAAAAGCGGAAGCGCCUCUGUCGUGCGCGGCGCAGACGGUGGCGCAGCAGCGAUGCGGCCUCACCUCUGAGUGGAGUGGUACAGUCCCGUUAGGCGCAGUCUGCGCCGUGUGUGCAGCCGCAGCAGUUGUCGCACGGCGAGAUGAGCAACAUGCGGACAAACUGCGCUCCUCUAUGAAAACGGACACUAUAAUGAACGUGCACCAGUUGGUUGUUUUACUGGCAGUUUCAGUGUGUGUGUGCCAUGGCGUGAACGUCAUCGUGCGGGAGAAGCAGCGCUUCGCCAUGCUCUUCCAGUCCGUGGUGCUGCCAUGCCAGUACCAGACGGCCUCCACCCAGACCCCGGUGGUGCAGUGGUGGUACCGGUCCUACUGCCGGGACCGCACCAGGGACUCCUUCUCCCUGCCGGAGCGGCUGGGCGCCCAGGCCUCGGUGCUGGGAGCCGGGUCCCACCUGGAGUGCUCCGACAGCAGCCGCACCGUUCGCGUGGUGGCGUCGGCGCAGGGAGCCUCCGUGACGCUGGCCGAGUUCUACAAAGGCAGAGACAUCAGCAUCGUGAACAAGGCGGACCUGAGGAUCGGCGAGCUGCAGUGGGGCGACAGCGGCGUGUACUUCUGUAAAAUCAUCAUAUCCGAUGACGUGGAGGGGAAGGACGAGGGCCACAUGGAGCUGCUGGUGCUCGGCAGGACAGGUGCGAAGGACGAUCUCCUACCUGAGUUUGAUGUGGAGAUUAUGCCAGAGUGGGCCUUUGUGGCGUCCGUCGUCCUCGGGAGCAUCUUGUUCCUGUUGCUGAUGGGGAUCUGUUGGUGCCAGUGCUGUCCUCACUCCUGCUGCUGCUACGUCAGCUGCUGCUGCUGUCCUGACACCUGCUGCUGCCCGCGACACUUGUAUGAGGCGGGGAAGAUGGCGAAGAGCGGCCGGUCCACUCAGGUGCCCGUGUUCCCCUACUUCAUCCCGGCUGUGCCCACGGUCUCGACCCUGGUCCCUCUCGCCCCGUCGGAGGCAAAGAUGGCGUCUGUCCCAUCAGUCGAGAACAACUUGGGUGGAGUGCGCAGUGGGUAUCGACUGAAACCCAGUCCAGACCGGGACUCAAUGAAAGUUUUGUACUACAUAGAGAAGGAGCUGGCUCAGGUUCCCUCUGCUAAGAUGGCCGCACUGCAACCCAGCAGCCUGUCGGAGCUGAGCUCUCUGCACGAGGGGGCGAACGCAGACUUCAGACACACCUACCAGACGGUGCAGAUGAAGGCGCUGCCCCCCAUCACGGACCUCGACGACCGCUGUGUGGCGAGAGCGGCCAGGCCGGCGCCGAGUCGGCGGCUCAGACGGGACCGAGGACACCUCUCAGACGAUGAACUGGACAGAAGGUGGAACCCGCCCUCGGAGCACCUGCCGAGGAGGACGCUGGGCCGGAGGGGACGCACCGGCUCGCUGGACGAGCUGGAGGAGUUCGCCCGGUCGUACGGCGGCCGGCGCCCCGGGCCUCCGGACCGGGCGUACGAGCGGGACCACAGCCCCCCCCGGCGCCUCCCCAGAGACGAGGGCGACGGCUGGGCUCCUCGCCGCAGCCCCUCGCCCUCGCCGCAGAAGAGGAGGGACACGUGGGACAGCGACCGUCCCUGCCGGCCGCCCCCGAGCAGAGGCUACGACGACGCCUUCCUCAGCAGCGUGCUGGAGAGCAAGCUGAGGGGGCGGGGGGGCGACCGGGGCGGCGACCGGGGGGGCGACCGGGGCGGCUGGAGGCCGGACGAGGACAGCGACACCCCCUCCAAAGGCAGCUCCAGGGGACAGGCCAGCGAUAGCUACUACAGCCGGUCUCCUAGCAACCGUCCAGAGGAAGACGACCCCCUGCCUCCCUACUCGGAGCAGGAGGCGGAGCAGCACCGCCGGCCCAGACCGUCCGCGGACCGGUACCACACCGCCGAGCCGCCCAGACCGGACCGAUACAGGACCACCGGGCCUUUCUCGUACACCCGCCCCCCCCCGGCCAAGUCCCACACGCUGCAGGGCGGCAGGGAGGACAGAGACAGGAGCCGAAACCUGAGCACUGCACUGAGCAGGGACUCUCUCAUAGUGUGACAAGGCUUCCCAGCCUCCACCUGCACGGCCCCGGCAGCCUGUCGGUGUUAAACCAGGGAGAGGGCGUCUCAGUGAAAUAACCCCACCGGCAACGAGCUGCAUGUGCAGGCGUUUGUGAUGCUUUACACCAGGAUAUGUGUGUGUGUGUGUGUGUGUGUGUGUGUGUGUGUGUGUGUGUGUGUGUGUGUGUGUGUGUGUGUGUGUCGUCUGAUGAUGGUAUGAAUGUCGUUAUGUGUGUCUGGAUUUACACCAGUGCCAACAUGUGUGUGUGUGUUUAUUAUUCGCUGCCAGGUCCAUUCAUUGUUUUCCCACAUUCUUCAUACUCACAUGACAACUCAGGUUCACGGUGUAUUUAUGUGUUUGUCUGUUUUGUCUGUAUCGUGCUGUAUGCAAGUACUGUAUCUUGAAUUUGUUCUGUAGGUUUCUAUUGCACUGCUUAAAUACUUUGGAAUAAAAAGUUAUAAACUC